UGUUUUAUUUUACAGUUUGUAGAAACGCGCCGCGUCAUUUACUAGGACGUAUGCUAGUUUAUUUUAUGUUAUUCUACUCAUUUUAUGAAUGCUUUCUUACCCCUGUACUUGUACUCACUUUUUUUUAUUCGAUAUUUUUAGGUGUUUGAUAAUAUUCAAUUAAUGUGAUAUCUGUUUAUAGGUAUCAUGAAACUCAAGUUUUCCAGUAUUCGCUUUUCGUAAUCCGUUAACCGCAUAUCGCGAUAGAUUAUAGAAGCCAUCGACAUCUGUUGUGAUUUGCUAUAAAUUUAUGUAUUUAAGCUCAUUGACGCUGCGUUUAUUAAAUUAAGUCCCGAGUAUCUUAUUUGUUAUUAAGUUUGUGUGUUGCAAGACAAAUAUAUAUUUUAUAUAUAGAUACAUGUUAUAUGUAUACAUACUUAAAAGUGUAUGUAAUAACUAUUAUUUAACUUACAUAACUUAGUAUAUAUAUAUAUAUAUAUAUAUAUGCACACGUACAUAAAUAUAUAAUAAUUUUAUCAAAAAACUCGUGUUUCAAAGUCAACAACUUAAGAUAGCAGUGUUGAAGAAUCAAGAUAUUACGUUAGCUGGUUGUCGCCAUAUUUUCUAUGUUAAACGAGAAAGGCCAAGAGCAAUCUACAAUUAAAUAAAGAAAUAUUAUGUUCGCCUUCUUGUGUACUGAAGAUUAAUUAUGUCUCAUUUUGUGCUAUGUGUGACAUGAACAAUAGAUAAUAUCACGAUUCCCAACAACGUUAUUAUAAUUUGUUUUAUAUAAUAGCUUAACAGCGAUUUUAAACAAAAUGCCUCCAAUUGAUCCAAUGCAAUUAUUAAAUUGCCUUAGAGUAUUAUUAAAUGAAGAAACUGGUGGGCUCAAAGGUUCAGCAGAAGCAGUCCAAAUAUCUAGAUUAAUGGGAAAGUUUUCAAAAAAAAUUGUCAGCAAAAGUCUUUAUGUUUUUAUUUUAAAAGAGUCUACAUCAGACCUUCUAUUAAUAUUUAUGGAUGCUGGUGGUUGGAGCUUGAUAUAUGGUUGGUUGAAAGAUGCCAUUGAAACUGAUAAUUCAGUGUUGAUUCAAGACUUAUUAUCAAUAUACCAUAGAGUGCCUGUUACAAUGGAACGAUUAAAAGCUAAUGGUGUUCCAAAAUUGGUUAAAAAAUUAUCAAAAUCUCAUGUAAAUCCUCAAAUUAAAUUGCUAGCUGAACAAUUAGUUGAAAAAUGGUUGAAUGUAGUAAGAACUGAGCAGUGGAAUAGUAUGAUGAAAGAUAAAGAUAAUCAAUCAAAAUCUGAUGUUUCAGGAUCACUUUCUACGCCUGAAAAUAUUGUAAAAGAACAAAAUUUGUCUAAGAAUGAAUCUAGUAAUCCUAUAGAUUGUAAAAUAGAUAAUCAUAAUAACAAAAUUAAAAAUGAUAAAAUUAAAAAAAAUGAAGUUGAAAAACUAAAAAUAAAAAAAGAAAAAUCUAGCUUAAAUAAUAAAUCUAAAGAUGAUCAAGAAAAAAAGUUUAAAAAAGAUGAAUUAGAUGAAAAAAAACGUAAAACUACUGAUAAAAAUGGUAAUCCAUUUUUGAAAAUAAUUAAUGAAAUGUCUUCAGAAAAAUCUGAUGAUGAUAAAAUUUGUGAAAGUGAUAGCUCAAACUCAUCUAAAAAUUCUAACAGCAGAAGAAAACAAAAUUUAAAAAUUCUUUCUAGUGGAGAGAAAUUUAUGAAAGUUAAAUUAUCAGAAGAAAAACUUUUAUUCAAUGAAAAUAAAAGUAUAUGUGAUUCAAAAAAAGAACUGAAACCUUUACCUGUACCUGCCCCAAAGCCCAAAUUACCAGAAUCUAAAACUGUUUUAGAAAAAAAGAAUUAUUCUAUACACGUAGAAAAAAAAGAAUAUAUCGGAGAAAAAAAACCAACAGUUAAAACUUUUAAAUCAAAAUUUAGAAGUACUGGUCUUGAAGAACAACCGCCACCACCACCAAAGUCAAAAUUGCAAUCGAAAAAGGUAUCAAAAAAUUUAUCCCCAUUAACUGUGUCAAAAUCAGAAAAGAGAAGCUUAUCACCACCUUCUGAAUCGCCUAAUGAAAAGAAACUUAAAAGUUCUUCUCCCACAGAUGUUAAAAGACCACCGCCUAAUAUUAAGGAAAGUGGUUUAUUCAUGGACGCUAUGUUAAAUGUUCUCAAUUCUGCUCCCAAAAUUCUUAAGAAACGGAAGCCCAAACCAGAAGUUGUUAAGAAACUUGAAGAUCAGUCUCAAGGACCUUUAUCUCCAACAAUGAAAUCAGAAAAUGUUUCUACGCCGUCUCCUUUGAGUUCGCCAUCAAAUCUUGAUAUAGAAUCUCUUGCAUCUCAAACUUUAAACGUGUCGGUUUCUGAUGAACCACACAAUUAUGCAGAAAAUUCUUCACCUUCGUUGUAUGUUACACCAGCGCCAACAGAGUUGAUAGUUUCUAACGAGGUUGUAAAACAAGAACCCAUGCAAAUAGACGAGUUUCAAAAAGUAGAAGAAAAACCACCCCAAUUAAAAUUUUAUCGAGACACAUUGCUAGAUACUGAAGCAAAUCAUACUGAAGAAAAUAAAAUCGAUGAAAACCAAUCUAUAAAUGAACAGUCAAAUGAAGUUUUUGAAUCUGAUGACAAAAAAGAUUUAAGGAGCGUUUUAGUGUAUGUUAGAAGUAAAUCAUCUAAAAAGUCAGUGUCUUGGAAACAAGAAAGUGAUUUAGUUCAGGUAUCAUUCUUUGAGCAUGAUGAAACUGAACGAGUAAAUGUUACAAAAAAUUUCAAAGCAAUGGAAAUGCAAGAACGUGAUAUUGAAAGACAAAAUUUCCUUGCUGUUCGUAAACUAAACAAUGCUGAUAUUAUGGAACCUAAGACUCCUUGGCGAUAUUUAGAUGAUCUUUUGCUAGUAGAUGUUGUAGAAGAGCCUGGUAAAGAAAAAAUUGAGCCUGGUGGAGGAAGCCAGGAGAAAAAGAAACAGACACUUAGAGAGCAAUCAGUUUUACAAGCCAUUUACUUCAAUAGAAAAAUGAUACCCGAUUCACCUGAAGAACCUGAUCAAAUGGAGAUAACUCCAUAUUCAGAGUCGCUGAACAUACCAUUAGAAGAUAUGACAGGAGAUGGUACAGCACCAACUUAUGAUUAUGUGAACACUCCAUGGCCAGAACCUAAAGGAGAACAGCCAACUACAAUUGAUUUCCAAAUGGAUAUAAAUAAUAUAAUGCCAAUGCCUCCAAAUUUGAUGAUGCAACAACCACAAUUUCCUGUACAGUAUAAUAACCCAGUAAACUGGAAUAUGCCUCCUGUCAAUUUAGGAAUGGGAAUGGGUCCUCCAACCAAUAAUAUGUUUAAUAUGCCUAGUCCAAUAAUGAUGAACAAUCAAAAUAUGUACAUGGGCGACCAAAUGCCACCACAACCAAUUUCACAACAAAAUCCUCAUAAUCGUCUACCUCAAAUGCAAGAAGAACAGUGGAUGGGACCUGAGCUUUCUGGACCUAUGCAACAUGACCAACAUUGGGGGCAACAACAGCCUCCGAAUAAUAAUGGCCCUCCUCACUUCGAAAGAGGAGGUGGUAGAGGGCAUAAUAGAUGGGAUAAUCCUAGAGGUGGUAAUAACUACAAUGACUCAUACCGAGGUAAACACAUUAAUCGAAAUAUGUCUAGAGGUAAUCGAGGUAGCUUAUACAAUCGACGAGGAGGUCAUAUGGGUAAUGGAAGAUCUAAUGGUCGUCUAUGCAAGUAUUAUGCAAAACAGGGUUUUUGCAAAACUGCAAAUUGUGCAUUUUUACAUUCAAAAAACUAAAAACUUUAUUUAAUUGUAAUUAUUAUUAUUUUUUUAUUUGCUACCAAAUAAGACUGAAUAAAAUAAGCGUUAUAGUUGUAAAUCUUUCUAGACACCAAUAAUCUUGAUUUUAAUCAACUGACAAAAUCAGUGAAAUACUGACUCUUCAUAACUUAUUAAUUAACAAGUAUUUUAUGGAUUGAUUUUGGUAGUUAAUAUUUCAUCAUAAUUUGACUUAA